AGUUCAGUGACGCAGUAAUGACGAUUUUCUCCGGCCAAUCAGUGACCAGUAGAGUUUACACGUCACGUUUUGGUAACGGUUCGGCGCGCUUGGAACCUCGGCUGAGGUGGUACUAAAAAAAGGACCAGGUACCAGGUACUGUUCCCAGUGGAAAACCCCCCAAAAGUGAGCUGAACUGAACCGUGUCGUGCCGUACUAUGCAGUGGAAAAGCGCCAUAAGUUCCUGGGCCAGGAACUUUUGUAUCUCCAGGCUGUUUUUGUGUAUGGCCUUCACAACACGCAUCAGGAACUAGGACCUUUAUGCUAAAGCAUGGAAGGUGCAAAACGUUUGUAAGUUUAACGUUACACAUAAUUUUCAUACGCAACUUUGCCACCAUGCCAAAAUAAUGGAGGCUGGAUGAGUCCUUUUAGUUAGUUGUCAGUUUAUUGGGUGAUCAAUCGUGAUCAAAAAAAGACACUGCCUUUUAUUUAUAUUUUUGCUAAUAACCCAUGACAUGUUCCUUAUUUUAAUUAAAUCUGGCCAGCAGAUCGAGCUUUCAUUCUCCGCAGAAUAAAAAAAUAUGUAGCAUUGUCCUGCUAAUAAGCGAUGGCAAGUUUCACCACUGGCACCGGCUUUAUUAGACAAAACUGUAUUAGGUAGUGAUAGAAUUUUCUGAUGCAGACAUUUGGAGAUGCAUGUGAAAAUUGUAUUACUUGAUACAUAAAUGGAAUUACUUUUGUACCCCAAUUUUUGCUCUGCUGCAUCUCAUUUUCUGCACUUCCAUGUAACUUCCAAGUUUGCGCUGGUGCUUGUGGUCGACCAUUCAGCAAGUUAAUCGCAAGUGUCUCCCCAGUAGCUUGUGUUUGAGCAAAUUAUAUUUAGUCUGGAGUAGGUACUAGAAAAGAGUUCUGGAACUGCCUCCAAGGAACUACAAUUGGGCUGAGUUCCUACAGUAAACAUGACAAAGGUAACUGGUUCUGGUUCCGGAAAUAGUUUGAGCGACGUUGAAAGCGCCUAUAGAUGAUGCAGUCUGCCUGAAAUCUUCAUUUGUGUCUUCAGCAUCCAGGAGUUUUCCAAUCUGUAUUCUGGUGGUCCGAUCAGAACGAAACCCCUGCUGUGGGGUCAGAAUCGUAUGCCACAGACCAGGGAAGGAGGGUCUGUUUGUGGUCAACUCAAGCUGUUGCUGGCUGUGCAUUACAACACACUGACUAACUGGCACUGUCUCAGUGUUUAAUUUCAUUUUGGUUUCAGCAGAUGCCUUCCUGCAGUGAAAACAGCUGCCGCACGAACCAGAAACCUUCCCAGCAGGGAGUUGGAGAGGGUAACAAAGAGGAGGGGGAAUUCCUGGUAUCUGAGGUUGAAGGGACUGUGAACGAAAGCCCCCGAAAGGUGAAAUGGAGUAUGAAGGACGCAGCGGUUCAGGAUGUGACUGAGGAGGAGCUGACUGGUUCUCUUUCGUUACACACUGAUGAGAGGAGCAAAGAUUGUGUGAAACCUCCAAACCCAGCAAGGAGAGUGGAUGAAUCCUCCAAAACUUUUGCUUGCUCUCAGGAUCCAUUCUCCUACACUGCAGACAUUGACCUGCACAGACAUAUCAAAAUAUCUCACCCCAAGGAGUAUGUCAGACAACUGAGGACUAGAUCUGUCUACACAACCCAGGAUUCACCAACUUCUGCUGGUCCCUGUGCCGCUCAGCCCAGUACAGACACAAUCAGGACCCUGGAAGAAGCCAGUACAGACACACUGACAGCACAACAGGGUUCCCAGGGUGAGAUGACUUUCAAUAUAAACAGAGACUGUAAAAUACACAGGCAGCCUCACACAAAGAAGUCGUCCCACCAGUGCUCCCAGUGUGGGAAGAGCUUCGGACAUUUAGGAAACCUAAAGACACACCAGCGGAUUCACACAGGAGAGAGGCCCUACCAGUGCUCCCAGUGUGGAAAGAGCUUCCAACGUUUAGAAAGCCUAAAGACACACCAGCGGAUUCACACAGGGAAGAGGCCCUACCAGUGCUCCCAGUGUGGGAAGAGCUUUAAUGAGUUAGGAACCCUAAAGACACACAAGCGGAUUCACACAGGAGAGAGGCCCUACCAUUGCUCCCAGUGUGGGAAGAGCUUCAGUCGAAUAGGAACCCUAAAGAGACACCAGCAGAUUCACACAGGGAGGAGGCCCUACCAGUGCUCCCAGUGUGGGAAGAGCUUCAUUCAAUUAGGACUCCUAGAGAGUCACCAGCGGAUUCACACAGGAGAGAGGCCCUACCAUUGCUCCCAGUGUGGGAAGAGUUACAUUCGAAUAGGAACCCUAAAGAGACACCAGCAGGUUCACACAGGAGAGAGGCCCUACCAGUGCUCCCAGUGUGGGAAGAGCUUCAUUCAAUUAGGACACCUAGAGAGUCACAAGCGGAUUCACACAGGAGAGAGGCCCUACCAGUGCUCCCAGUGUGGGAAGAGCUACAGUCGAAUAGGAACCCUAAAGGUCCACCAGCAGAUUCACACAGGAGAGAGGCCCUACCAGUGCUCCCAGUGAUGAUCUCGAUUAGGACACAUUGAGAAGCACUCACUUGACAGUUCAUUAUCACAGUUAGUCCAGUAAGUUGGUUCUUGAAUUUUUCUGAAUUGUAUUUGUGAAAUACCAGUAUGUUGGGUCCCCCUCAGUAGUCCUGUUGAUGUUUAGGAUUUGUUUGACAAAGAUUUGGAGGCAGCGUUUUAAUAGUUAGUGUAUUUUGAAGGUAGUCUUUGACUGCAAAGCAGUUUCAUAAACUGUGUAUUUUACCGAAGAGAA